GGGCGCGGCGCCGGACGGGGCGCACCGCGGCGGCGGCUCCGGCUCGGCGCCCCCCGGGCGGGCGGAGGAUUACAACCGCGCCCGCCUACCUUCGCCCAUGGGCAGGGCGCAGGGCGCAGGCCGGGCCGUCGCGGCGCGGCGGUGGGGAGGGAGUAGCGAGUAGCGGCGCCGCCCGCCUUCCCACCCCCCCCCCCAUUCCCGCGCCGCCCGGUGGGUUCUUAACGGCGGCGGCUCCGAACCCCGCGGGCCAGCCCCGGGCAUGCGGCGGCGGCGGCAGCAGGACCCGCGGCGAGACUCCCCGCAGCGCGGCGGCUGCAUGUCCCGGGGGGCCGGGCGGCGCUGCCCCGGCGCGGGGGGGCUCUGACCGACCGGCCGCCCGCCCGCCGCCCCCUCGGCGGCGCCAUGCGGGGCGGGCGGUGCUGGCUGCUGCUGGCGGCGCUGGGCUGGCUGCUGCCGGCGGGGGCCGCGGCCAGCGGGGAGUACUGCCACGGCUGGCUGGACGGGCAGGGCGGCUGGCGGGACGGCUUCCAGUGCCCGGAGCGCUUCGACGGCGGCGACGCCACCAUCUGCUGCGGCAGCUGCGCCCUCCGCUACUGCUGCUCCAGCGCCGAGGCGCGACUCGACCAGGGCGCCUGCGACAACGACCGGCGGCAGGGCGGCGGCGAGACGGGCCGCCCCGGCAAGGACGGCCCCGACAGCGCGGCAGUGCCCAUCUACGUGCCGUUCCUUAUCGUUGGAUCUGUAUUUGUCGCCUUCAUCAUCUUGGGGUCGCUGGUGGCGGCUUGCUGCUGCAGAUGCCUGCGACCCAAGCAGGAGCCCCAGCAGAGCCGAGCCCCCGGGGGUACCCGCCUGAUGGAGACGAUCCCCAUGAUCCCAAGUGCCAGCACCUCCCGGGGCUCCUCCUCCCGCCAGUCGAGCACCGCUGCCAGCUCCAGCUCCAGCGCCAACUCGGGGGCCAGAGCCCCCCCGACCAGGUCCCAGACCAACUGCUGUUUGCCAGAAGGGACCAUGAAUAAUGUCUACGUCAACAUGCCGACAAACUUCUCGGUGCUGAACUGCCAGCAGGCUACCCAGAUCGUGCCGCACCAGGGGCAGUACCUGCACCCCCAGUACGUGGGCUACGCUGUGCAGCACGACUCGAUGCCGCUGACCCCAGUGCCCCCCUUCCUCGACGGUUUGCAGAGCGGCUACAGGCAGAUCCAGUCGCCCUACCCGCACACGAGCAGCGAACAGAAGAUGUACCCAGCUGUGACUGUGUAGCACUGACGCCUUCCUCCCCCUCCCCACCCGACAGAUUUUAAUAUCUAAACUGAAUGGAGGAGAAAUACUUCCUUGGAAUGAAGCUCCCAGAACAUCACUUGUAAAUAAUUUUGAAAGGCUCAUGCAUGUCAGACAGUGUUUAUAAACCAUUUAUUUUCAUCGGGGUCCGUUGCCAGAAACCGUAGGAUGAUAUCUCUGAAUUAACGUUGCCAGAUAUGCUCUCAUUCCAGUGCAUGAUUUACAGCGGCGAAGGAUUACGCUGAAAAUGCAUAUGCAUUUCAGAUCGCUGUACUUGUGAGAUAAAUGCCGGAGCCAUUAAGUGCCCUUCAGGUAUGACAUGGUCAGAAGUAUUUGCCUAAUUAAUUCGCAGAAAGAGUUUUGUUACACUGUACCACAUCGCAGUACUUAAGACACCUCUUUUCUCCUCUCCCAGCUCCUUAAUGACAUUUCCCGUUGCUUUACAGACAAUCACAACUGAGAGCCGAACAGUGCAAUCCCUGCGUGCUGGGUGCUGGUACCAGCCCCUGUGAUUUCUUACGCACCCCCAGGUUUGGGGUGAAAUGCCACGAAAGGGUUAGUCUUGCAAAGACCAAUUUUUUUUUGUCCCUGGUAUUUAUGUAGGAAUUAGAAGAGUGUGAAUUAUUCAGCUCUUCCUUCCAGUGCACUUGAAACCCUUCUUGAUUUGGUUUUGCCUCAAGAUCAGGACCCAGUAGUGGUUUGCACAGACUGUGUUUAUCUUUGUGAACUUUUUACUAAAAAAACAGGGUACGAGGUGCUUGCUCUUCCUGACGCUCAGCAAAGCUUUUGGUACAGCUAGCAGCAUCUGAGCUCAAACUGCCUUUGCAGAAAAAGGUUGUGCUGUGACUCCAAACACGCCUGAUUUCACCUCACUUCCCAUGAAACAGUAAACCCGUGUGAAGGCGCACGAUGUUGUCAGACCCAAGCCCUGCUUGUGCUCGAGUCUGAGCAUAGGGUGAUGGGCUCGUUCCCCGCCCCCCCCCCCACCCCCCCAGCCCACUCCGGGUCCCCAGCUCUGCUCUGUGGGGGGGGUCACACAAAGCCCCCCCCACCCCGGGCAUGGAGGGGCUGGUGGAGGUUUGAAACCUAUCCCCUUUUCUUCUUUACCCAUGGGGCAGAGGAGUAGGAAGGCACAGCUGUAUUUAAAAACAAGGUAAAAAGCCCAACCAAAGGGUGAAGGUGCAUGUGACUGCCCGUGACGCCACGGGGGUCGGGGGGGGGGGGGCACUUUGCAUGGGAGCUGCUGGCUCUGUCUCGCCUUGCUUCAUCUGGGGAAAAAGACUUCUCCAGGUGGAAGAGGCAGCAGCGCACUGGGAAUAAUCAGAAUCGUAAUGUAUCAGCCCCAAUGCAACAAACUGAACUGUUUAUGGCUGGGUUUGUCUCUUAAAAAAAAAAAAAACACCCAACAAAAAACCCCCAAACAAACCAAACAACUUAAUCAUCUCUGCAUUUCCAUCCAUUUCUUCUUCAGCUGAAAUACCGCACCAGAGGACUGAGGGCAUAUACCAAAACCGGGCAAUUACUGUAACCAGACCAGGUUUCUUAUUGUCUGAUACUGUAUCAGUAUGUAGCAAUAACUGUGAUACUACUAUUUUUUGUAUGUCUGUUUUUAAAUUACACAUACAUGCGGAAACGUUGCCAAAUGCAAUGGUUUACUCAUAAACACGCCACACACAAGCAGUCUGCAGCGGGCAGAAAUGGUUUGACCACUGACAUACGAAAAUGAAUAGGUAAUUUAUCCCAGCUCUGCUGGUCCUGGCUGCCUUCGCCCCAUUCAGCGCGUAGGACCUGGGCAGAAGGAUUGACUUAGGGGACCGGGCUUCCCCUCGGGCCGGGCGGCUUUGGCAAGGCAGCGAUGGGCUGCUGCAGGCUCCGGUGGCUGCUCUGUGCUGCCUGCACAGCUUGCGGGGGGGGGGGGGCCUUAAAGGCAGCGGGUGCACCAGAGUUGGGUGAUCCCAGGCUUUUGGAGAACCCAGUGUACGCUUGAUCUCGUGGAGAAUUACGUUCCUGCCUUGCCAAAUUUUGUCUGGCAACUCGGUCACUCUGUCCUUGCAAAGCUGGGUUUGCGUUAGGCGCGGGGGGGGGGGGGGGGCGGAUGCCUUCAGCGGCUGGUGGCUCUGGCAGGAGCUGGAGGUGCUUGGCCCCAGGUGAGACCCCAGCCCGUUGCUGCGUGGCCAGAAGCCAAGCCCAUCCAUGCCUUCGGUAGCCUUCCCAACUGUGAACCCGGGCAGCUCUCGCCUCCCCCUGCCAGCGUGUGCUGCCUUGAACGCGCCUGGCAAGGAGACCUCCUCUGACCUGUGACAUUCAGGUGAAUCUCUUUGUAUAUUGUUUACUUGUUUAAAAAAAAAAAAAAAAAAGAAUAAGUUAAAUUUAAGUCUGUAGAAAUUAAUUUACAACUGAAGGCAGAGAAACCUGAGUUGUAAUAAAAGGAAGUUUGUGAGAUGUGGUGGGGUUUUUUUUUUGUUUUGUUUUUUUGUCAUGUACAAUAAUGUAAAACCAAUGUUACCAUUUGAUAUAGCUUUUAAAUCUCUGAAAGGGCACUUGCUUUAAAGUGUUUCUUACAAAUGAAGAAAAAAAGACCCCUUUGUUACUUAAUAAAUACUUUAUGGUGUGACUGUUUUUGUUAUAGUUUGGUUUUUGGAUUUGUUGUUUUUUGUUUUUUUUCUUUUCAGUUAAUG